AUGGCAAACUCCUCAGACGGAGAGGCUGAUUCGCGCACAGCCCUGGUUGGCGCACCGCGCACUCGAUCGAAUCCGCGUUCCACCUCGCGCUCCACAUCACACGACAGCGCCCGCCCAGCCAAGCGACAACGCCGCAACAGAAAUAAGAAAGACUCAGAUCUAUCUGAUUUUGUUCCAAAAGGUGUUGCAUUCAGUGCAACCUCCUUGCCAGUGGAUAAUCCUGACGACACAUCCAGCUCUGGACCUAGUUCCUCAAGUGAAGAUUCCGAUUCCGACGCGGACCCAACCACCGUCGCAAACCCACACGCUGGCAACACCGCGCCUGCAAUUAGCUGGAACCAGGGUCGGAAGGCUGCAGUGCGCACAACGCUCGGAAAACGCUCGGCGCCAACAAACGACAAGCCUACUCAAUUUGAAGCGGUGAAUGACAAAUAUUGGCGCAGUCGCAGUGCAUCUGUUUCGGCCAAUGGUGAAGACAAGUCCACAGCAAACGACCAGUCUCAAAGUGACGAUGAGCUGGAAGAUGGAGAGAUUGACUCCAAGAGUGACACAGAUGAUUCAGAUUCUCUUGGUUCCGAAGCCGAUGACUCUAUCCUACUGAACAUAGGGGAUAAGAUGGGAAUAGAUGAUGCCAAUGACUAUGACCCUGCCACUCUGGCCCACCAGCAUGGGUCCAACGCUGGAAACGCGAAUCUGAAAGGCGCAUCUACACAAACCGGACCUGGAUCGAAAGAGGAAGCAUUCCGGCUUUUCUCACUCAAGUAUCCAAAUGCGCCUAUUGCUUUGGUGGACUUAAGCCAGACAGACCUCGAGAUAAUUGCGAAUGUGAACACUGCAGUGCAUGGAAUCAGCAUCAAAGCAGCACCUGUCCUGACUGGCGACGAUGCCAGAGAUGCCGCGAACGUGGCCACGACGAGCCGCAAUGCAGUUCAAAGCUACGCAGUUUCGCACACGAAGUGCCUUGUGAUUACUGUGGCAAUGAGCAUCUGGAAUCCGAAUGUGAUUCUCUAUGGAAGUUUCCAAUCAGAGAUCUUCACUCCAACCAAGUCACAGUCUACUACCUUGCGCGCAGAAACCGGGAAGUCAUCAUCAUUCACCCUGAAGGGCAUCGAUCCCGACAUGAUCACAAACCUCAACACUGUCAUUCCGCCCCGAGAGAGCCGCCCACCAAGCCGAACGUCAGCCCGCGGAAGAAACAGGGGAUGGUCUCCAGCUCCAUCCCCAGAAGAAGAUGACAUGAUGUCCCGCGUAUCCCGAGGCCGAGGCCGCCCCGUCCCUGCCCCGCGCGGAAAUACUCGCGGCAAGGACCUUCUCGUGGCCGAUCAACUUUCUCCGGGAACAACAACCGCGCGCGCUCCCCGAACCCGCCCCUUCCACGAGGUCCUCCACCAAGAGGUGGCAGCCGAAGCCGUGGACCACAACGAGGAGGAGGAUUCUCACGUGGACCCCGUGGAGGUGGCGGAGGUGGCAGAGGCCGCGGGUGGUAAGAAGAGGGUGAAAUGA